CACGAAGCAGCUAGCCUUUUUCGGCAGAUCAUCAAGACUGAAAGGCACACUUCCGUUCGUUUUCCAUCUUCAACCACCUGGCACCCGCAUCGCGAAUGAAACAACUGCUCUUCACUACAGUGGCUACUACAUCAUGGCGCUCAGCACCGAAGCAACCGGUCUGACGACCAAAAGAGGCGGCCAGAUUGCGCAGGUCAAUCAAGUUGCAUCGCCUCUUCUACGACUUCCUGCAGAACUCCGCAACCUCAUCUACACAUUCACGUUCACCAAAUCUGUGAUACGUAUACAUGCGCAGAGGGGUGAAGAAAGCUCGACCAAUCCUAUUGGUCUUAUCCACUGCUGUCGGCAGCUUCGGCAUGAAGCAUACGCUCUUUUCUUUCCUACUGCGACAUUCGACCUGCGAAAUGCGUACGAAUUCGACUACAAAGAUAUCACGGUCGCCAUUGGAGCCGAGUUGUGUGCACAGAUCACUUCAAUUCAGGUCUGCCUGUACCUGGCAGAGCUUCUAUCAAGAUUCUGGAUAAUGCACCCGUUUGAUCUGCCUUCCUCUGGCAUCAUGAGGCAACGUUGCGACAACAGAGUGGCGCUUCCAGCGCUGAAGAGUGUCUACGUCAAAGGGGCUAAGCUGCGGUUAUCAGAGAGGAGUAGCAAGACUAGGGAUGACCUUGUGUCGUUGUUGCGCUUUGCUCUCGGGAAGCGGGAGCUUGAUGUCGUGUUUGAAGCUGAAUUGGAAGAGCUAUUUCGAGCUGCUAGCGACGGCGAAGGCUAGGGGCAUGCAAGAAAAUGCAUUAUGAAGCGACUCCAUUCUUCUACCGUCUAUCCAAUUUCGAUCUCGGAGACUUCAAGAGGUGGGGAAACCUGACGUAUAUUCUGUCUGCUCCGCAACAUCAAACGAUUACUACGAUUUGGUUCAGGCCCGCAUCUUCAACGCGCACCCC